AUGGGGAAGAUUUCCGACCACCAAGCCAAGGCCCUCUGCGUGGCGUAUGGUGGCCGACUGGCUGAACCAGUGACACAGGAAGAAGUAACAUUCUUAAACAGAGAAUCGGUGCAAAUAGGAAAUGGUGGAGAUUACUAUUUAGGUGUGACGGAUGCUUUCUUGGAAGGUGAAUGGGUCUAUGCCUCCAGAAAGUCCCCUGUGACAGUACACAUGCCUUGGGUGGGAGGGGGACCUGAUAACUAUCAUGAAGAGGACUGUGCCGCGAUUGAUUCUGGCACAACUUAUCACGGACAAUGGACAGAUGUUCCUUGUCAUUCUCCUUUUUAUUUCAUCUGUGAAUACAGUUUAGAGUAA